AAUUAAUUAAUAAUAACAACAUUUAAUUAAUUAAUUAAUAAUAAAAAAACUCACACACACAUUUAUAAUGGUAGCUUAAGCUUGUUCUUAGUACUCACUGGUACAAAGAGCGAUCUUCUAAGAUAUUCAUAUUCUCACCAGUAACGUAACAAUUGGUGUGUAGCAGAGGAAAACCUCCAAUUCAUGUGCUUUCGUUUCACUCCUCAACGCUGUUGGAAUCUUCUUGCUUUCUCACGUUUUCAAGAUAUCCCUUGAUUCACCUUUGGAUCUUCCUCAAUAAUUUUCUCUAAUUGCUUGAUUUAAACGCGGUUUUACGAGUUUCAUCCUUGGCGACAACUACAAAGAAGAGUUGUGAUAUUUUCUAGAGGGGGAAAAGAUGGCUUCGCUUAAAGAUAUUGGGGUUGCUGCUGGGAUUAAUAUUUUGAGUGCAUUUAUCUUCUUUGUGGCAUUUGCUAUUUUGAGGCUACAGCCAUUGAAUGAUAGGGUAUACUUUCCGAAAUGGUAUUUCAAGGGUUUAAGAACUGAUCCUGUGCAUGGAGGAGCCUUUGUGAGAAAGGUUGUUAAUUUAGAUUGGAGAUCGUAUAUUAGGUUUUUGAAUUGGAUGCCAGCUGCACUUAGAAUGCCAGAGCCAGAGCUUAUUGACCAUGCUGGAUUGGAUUCGGUUGUUUACUUGAGGAUUUACUUGUUGGGGCUUAAAAUCUUUGUUCCUAUAGCGUUCCUGGCGUGGGCGAUCCUGGUUCCUGUUAACUGGACAAGCACUGGGCUAGAAAUAGCUGGGGUUAAAAACAUAACUUCUAGUGACAUUGAUAAGCUCUCCAUUUCAAAUGUCCAGCGUGGAUCCGAAAGGUUUUGGUCCCAUAUAAUAGCUGCUUAUGCAUUUACCUUCUGGACAUGCUAUAUUUUGAUGAAGGAGUAUGGAAAAAUUGCCGCAAUGAGAUUGCAAUUUCUUGCAGCAGAAAAACGUCGACCUGAUCAAUUUUCGGUGCUCGUUAGAAACAUUCCACCAGAUCCCGACGAGUCUGUUAGUGAGCUUGUGGAGCACUUCUUUCUGGUCAAUCAUCCAAAUAACUAUCUGACUCACCAGGUUGUAUAUAAUGCAAACAAAUUGGCAAAGUUGGUUAAAAAGAGGAGUAAGAUGCAAAAUUGGCUCGUCUAUUAUCAAAAUAAGCUUGAAAGAACUUCAAUAAGACCUGAAAUGAAGACUGGUUUCCUUGGUUGUUGUGGAACGAAAGUAGAUUCUAUUGAACAUUACACCACUGAAAUUGACAAGCUGUCAAAAGAAAUAGCUUUAGAGAGGGAUAAGGUCACCAAUGAUCCCAAGUCUACCAUGCCUGCUGCAUUUGUUUCUUUUAAAAGUCGAUGGGGUGCUGCAGUUUGUGCUCAAACCCAACAAACCAGAAAUCCAACACUUUGGUUGACUGAGUGGGCUCCAGAGCCACGGGACGUCUAUUGGCCAAACUUAGCGAUUCCAUAUGUUUCCCUAACUGUUAGAAGGUUGAUCGUAGCUGUUGCAUUCUUUUUUCUCACUUUCUUUUUCAUGAUCCCCAUUGCAAUAGUACAAGCUCUUGCGAGUCUUGAUGGAAUACAGAAAGCAGCACCGUGGUUGAAGCCGCUUGUUACUGUCCCUUUCAUUAAGUCAUUCAUUCAGGGUUUUCUACCCGGUAUUGCAUUGAAGCUUUUUCUUAUCUUUCUGCCGUCAAUAUUGAUGAUGAUGUCAAAAUUUGAAGGCUUUGGAUCUAUAUCAUCUCUUGAGAGAAGAUCGGCUUCUAGAUAUUACCUUUUUAGUUUCGUGAAUAUAUUUCUUGGGAACAUACUUACCGGGACAGCAUUUCAACAGCUCGACUCUUUCAUUCACCAACCAGCCAAUCAAUAUCCCAUAACAAUUGGCACUGCAAUUCCUUUAAAAGCAAGUUUCUUCAUCACGUAUAUAAUGGUUGAUGGAUGGUCCGGUAUAGCUGCUGAGGUUUUGAUGUUGAAACCACUAAUCAUAUAUCACUUGAAGAAUUUCUUCUUGGUUAAGACUGAAAAGGACAGGGAAGAGGCCAUGGAUCCUGGGAGUAUAGGUUUCAACACUGGAGAACCUCGCAUACAAUUGUACUUUCUGCUGGGCCUAGUCUAUGCUGCAGUGACGCCCACUGUUCUUCCUUUCAUAAUAAUUUUCUUUGGGUUGGCCUAUGUUGUGUUCCGCCAUCAGAUAAUCAAUGUUUAUAAUCAAGAAUAUGAGAGUGGCGCUGCAUUCUGGCCUGAUGUCCAUUUCCGUGUCAUCAUUGCACUGAUAGUCUCACAGCUAGUUCUGAUGGGACUCCUGACCACCAAAAAAGCUGCUUCAUCAACUCCUUUUCUCAUUGCACUCCCGGUACUGACAAUAUGGUUCCAUAUAUAUUGCAAAGGCCGUUUCGAAUCUGCAUUUUCUAAAUAUCCCUUACAGGAAGCGAUGAUGAAAGAUACAUUAGAACGAGCUACAGACCCGAACCUGAACAUAAAAGGUUACCUUCAGCAUGCUUAUGUUCAUCCAGUUUUUAAGGCUAGCCUUGAGGAUGCUGAUGAGGAGGAAGAUGGAAUGAGUAGUCUAAAGUGGGAAACUGAGAGUGCUACUGUACCUACAAAACGCCAUUCACGAAGGAAUACACCAUUGCCCAGCAGAGUUAGUGGCGCGUCAUCUCCAUCUAUGCUUGAUGGCAUUAAAAAUGAUCCAGAGUCAUAGAUCAAAUCAUUCAUGGACCAAGCAAUGAUGUCAUAUAACCAGGAUGUAUGUGAAUGUGAGUAUUAUAUAAUGAGCUACAUCAAUGGACAUGUGGUUGAAGCAUAUAAGCUGAGAAAGUUGAGUGGUCUUCUUGUGCAAAAGCAUUUUGGACUUUCUGGUCAGCAGAUGAAAUAUACCACAACAAGUAGAGUCUGUAAGGCAGAGAUUUUUUUCAUUAUGUUUCAGAUUUUGUUAAUAGUGAGUUUGCAUAACAUUACGCCACGGAUACUGUAAAUUAUCCUAAUGUUGAUUAUGAUUUUAGAUUGUGUGUAUAAUUUUUCUGUUUUUUUA